AUUUGGAGCAGAGGCGACAGAGCCCGCCGUCGCAGCCUAGCACCAUGUCCUUUUUCAUGCAACGCAUCCAGAUGUCGGAGAUAUGCCGCAACAUUGCCGAUGCCAUGACGGAUCUUCAGCUAGAGCCGUCUCUGAUGAACUGCGAGACUCUACGCGACCUAAACCGUCAGUUUGAGCACUAUCUCGCUGGCUUGCCAUUCUUUUUCAAGCUCGACGAUCGUAGCCGUCGGGAAAGCCAGUGUUUCAACCAGCAGUUCCCUCACCUCAGCACGCAACGGUGCCUGAUCCACUUGUGCGCUCACACCAGGCGCAGCAGGCUGCAUCAGCCGUGGCUAGUGCGCGGGUUCCACGAGCCGCAAUUCGCUUUCGCCAGGCAGGCCUGUCUGGAAUCGUCGCGCACCGUGCUGCAGGUGGCGCGCCUACUGGAAGACGCCGGGAAUAAGCAGCCUGUUGACCUGGCCAGGCUCAGUAUGGUCGUGCAUCACGUAUCCUUGGCCGCGGUGGUGCUCGUCGUGGACCUGUCAUCGACCAAGGUGCGCGGACCAGAGGAGGAGCAGCGGAAGCUUGAGAUCGUCGAAGCGUGCCAGAUGCUCGAGCGGGUGAAGCGGGGGUCAGCGCUGGCAGCGAGCUUUCUCGCGUCAUUGGACGAAAUACUCCAAAAGCACAAGAUCAGCCUGCCUGCGGCGGGCGCGGCGUCCGCGGCGUCCGCGGCCGCUGCUGCUGCUGCUGCGACCAGCCCCGCUGUCGGCAGUCGCGAGAAACAGCCAUUGCCGGAUUUUGGGCAGCAGCAGGCUGCGGUAGGCGCGCACGGCGAUGGCGAGCUUGAUGCUUGGAUGCAGGGCGGCGAUGUGGAUUGGGGGUUUGAUGUUGGUGUCGACGCGUGGGACGAGCUGUUUGCUGAUCUCAAUGCGUGGCCCGUGCUCACGACCGAGAGUUGGGAGUUUGCCAUGUGAUGGCGGGGGAGGUAGGAGGUUUGGUCGCUCUAGGUUUGUGUAGACGUAUUUUAGGGAAGUCAUGAGCUUUUGGGUAGCUUUUCACCUUGUUGCUUUGCGAAGUGAGGUUUACUCGCAAAAUGGGAGC